CGUGAAGAAACCCAACGAACGUCGGUACCAACGACUUGCCUGCCGGGGUAGUACCCAGCUUCUGGCCGCCCGGCAGCACCCCACAAUCCUUCAGUGAGCGAUCCGGCAAUCGGGCAACGCGACGACGUCCGGUCCGCGCAAAAGAUUCAGUCGACAGACAUCUCGAACCUCGUCGGCGACAGUCUCUCCUCCACCACCGCGCCUAUCAACCUCCCGCGGUCCAACAUGGUUCUCAAGCUCAGACUCGCCCGCUUUGGGCGCACCAAUGCCCCCUUCUACAACAUUGUCGUUGCCCACGCCAGAACCGCGCGCAACAGCAAGCCUCUCGAGGUCAUUGGCACAUACGACCCCGUUCCCAAGAAGGACACGUACGACACCACAGGGAAGCUGCACAAGGACAUCAAGCUGGACGUCACGAGGGCCAAGUACUGGAUAGGUGUGGGAGCUCAGCCGACCGACACGGUUUGGAGGUUAUUGUCCUAUGUUGGCAUCCUAGACCCCAAGUACAAGAAGCCGCAACCGGUGCAGGGGCAAAAGACCAAGGCUUGAGCGAGCGAGAAUUGCAUCUUUUCGAUUAUUCCAUACGUACCACCGGAAAAAAACCGGGUCGUCUCGCAUACCGAUCAUCUGACACCACCACCAUCCAUCCUUC